CCCUCAGGGCCGGAGGCUUCAUCCUGAUGUGUUCUGGCCACAUCCUGCUCCUUGACGCGCAUGGCCGAAGUCGGGCCUCACCUGCUGCAGGUGUCCCCAGGUAGUCCAGCAGCGUGGCUGCCGCCCUCUCCUCCCGGCCCGCAGAUGGGGGGCGGCGACUCGGACCUUGGCCCGGGGGAGGUUAGGCGCCUCGGGGAUCCGGAGCCCGCUGGCGCUGCGCCAGGGCGAGGGCAACCUGCGGGGGACGGGCCGCGCCUCCUCCCGGAACUGGCAGGCGCCGCGGGGCGCGGGCAGCGGCGAGAGCGCGGCCGCCGCGCGGCUGGGGCCAUGGAAGCCCUUCCCGGGGGCGGGGGCCGGACCGGACGCCCGGAGCCGGAGGCGAGGCCGGAGGACGUGGCGGAGGAAGCGGUUCCCGAAGCGGCCGGGGCCCCAUCCCUGAGCGGGGCGCCCCCGGCGGGGCGGCCGCCGGGCUCCCGGGACUCCUGGGAGGGCGAGGAAGACUCGGAGCCCGGCGACCCGCGGGGCGGCCGGACGAGCCGCACGGCGUCCCUGGUGAGCGGGCUGCUCACCGAGCUGUACAGCUGCACCGAGGAGGACGAGGCGGCCGGCGGGGGUCGCUGGCCCGGGGGCCGCCGGCAGCGUCGCGACAGCCUCGACAGCUCCACCGAGGCCUCGGGCUCCGACGCGGUGCUGGGCGGCCGUGGUGGCGCGGGCGACUCCCGCGUGCUGCAGGAGCUGCAGGAGCUGCAGGAGCGGCCGAGCCAGCGGCACCAGAGGCAGUACCUGCGGCAGAAAGACACUAAUGAACUGAAGACGAUCCUCCGAGAGCUUAAGUACAGAAUUGGCAUUCAGUCUGCGAAGUUACUUCGGCAGCUGAAGCAGAAAGAUAGGCUUCUGCAUAAAGUCCAGAAGAACUGCGAUAUCGUGACUGCAUGCUUGCAGGCCGUGUCACAAAAGAGAAGAGUUGACACAAAGUUGAAGUUCACUCUUGAGCCAUCUUUAGGUCAAAAUGGUUUUCAGCAGUGGUAUGAUGCUCUCAAGGCAGUCGCCAGACUAUCAACGGGAAUACCAAAGGAAUGGAGGAGAAAGGUUUGGUUGACCUUGGCAGAUCAUUAUUUGCACAGUAUAGCCAUUGAUUGGGACAAAACCAUGCGCUUCACUUUCAAUGAAAGGAGUAAUCCUGAUGAUGACUCGAUGGGAAUUCAGAUAGUCAAGGAUCUUCACCGCACAGGCUGCAGCUCUUACUGUGGCCAGGAGGCUGAGCAGGACAGGGUUGUGCUGAAGCGGGUCCUUUUAGCUUAUGCCCGAUGGAACAAGAAUGUAGGAUACUGUCAAGGCUUUAACAUCCUGGCUGCACUAAUCCUGGAAGUGGUGGAAGGCAACGAAGGGGAUGCACUGAAAAUUAUGAUUUACCUUAUCGAUAAGGUACUUCCUGAAAGCUAUUUUGUCAACAAUCUCCGGGCAUUGUCUGUGGAUAUGGCUGUCUUCAGAGACCUCUUGAGACUGAAGCUCCCUGAAUUAUCUCAGCACCUGGAUACUCUUCAGAGAACUGCAAACAAGGAGAGUGGAGGCGGAUAUGAGCCCCCACUUACGAAUGUCUUCACGAUGCAGUGGUUUCUGACUCUCUUCGCUACGUGCCUCCCUAACCAUACCGUUUUAAAGAUUUGGGAUUCCAUCUUCUUUGAAGGUUCAGAAAUCAUCCUAAGGGUGUCGUUGGCUAUCUGGGCAAAACUGGGAGAGCAUAUAGAAUGUUGUGAAACAGCAGAUGAGUUCUACAGCACCAUGGGGCGCCUUACCCAGGAGAUGCUGCAGAACGAUCUUCUGGAAAGUCAUGAACUCAUGCAGACUGUUUAUUCUAUGGCUCCAUUCCCUUUCCCACAAUUGGCAGAGCUGAGGGAAAAAUACACGUACAACAUUACGCCAUUCCCAGCGACAGUUAAACCCACCUCAGUUUCUGGACGACAUGGUAAGGUCAGAGACAGUGAUGAAGAGAAUGACCCAGACGAUGAAGAUGCUAUUGCUAAUGCAGUGGGGUGUCUCGGACCUUUCAGUGGGCUCCUGGCACCUGAACUGCAGAAGUACCAAAAGCAAAUUAAAGAACCAAAUGAAGAGCAGAGUCUGAGGUCUAGUAACAUUGCAGAGCUGAGUCCAGGAGCCAUCAAUUCAUGCCGAAGUGAGUAUCAUGCAGUGUUUAACAGCAUGAUGAUGGAACGCAUGACCACAGAUAUCAACGCACUGAAGCGGCAGUAUUCUCGGAUUAAAAAGAAGCAGCAGCAGCAGGUUCACCAGGUGUAUAUCAGAGCAGACAAAGGGCCCGUGACCAGCAUUCUGCCGUCUCAGGUAAACAACUCUCCGGUUAUAAACCACCUUCUAUUAGGAAAGAAGAUGAAAAUGUCCAACAGAGCUGCCAAGAAUGCUGUCAUCCACAUUCCUGGUCACACAGGAGGCAAAAUAUCCCCUGUCCCCUAUGAAGACCUGAAGACGAAGCUCAACUCUCCGUGGCGAACUCACAUCCGAGUCCACAAAAAGAACAUGACGAGGACCAAGAGCCAGCCUGGCUGUGGGGACACCGUUGGGCUGAUAGAAGAGCAGAAUGAGGGCGGCAAGACUCACAGCCUGGGGGCGGCCGAGGCCUUUUCUUCCAGUUGUGCGGCCACAGCUCGGAGAGAAGGCGGCAGCUGCGAAGGCAGCGCGGGGAGGACAAUCGAAGGGCAGUCUCCAGAGCCGGUGUUUGGAGAUACCGAUGUGUCCACAGUCCAGGUGAAGUUAGAAACCUUGGAACUGGACCAAAGGGAUACUGCUGCUGAAACUGAGCCCAAGGUGCACGUGCCCUGUCUGCAGCACUUCCAGGAGCUGCUCGAAGCACCUGGAGAAAACAAAACCACCAGCAAGCUGCCUCAAGGCGGCCCCCCGAAAACUCCCAUCUUUAGCCCCUUUCCCAGCGUCAAGCCACUGCGGAAGUCAGCCAUGGCCAGGAACUUGGGCUUAUACGGUCCUACAGAAAGAACCCCAACCGUGCACUUUCCUCACAUGAGCAGGAGCUUUAGCAAAUCCAGCGGUGGAAACGGUAGCACGAAGAACCGAUGAUACCUCCCAGCACCUGUGUGUCUCCAUUCACCUCUUCACGGUGGUGUAAGGGUUCUGGCUGAAUGGGUCCAAAUAGAGUUUCAGCUGUCCAGUAACUGAUGGAUAGGCUCAGAGAUGAGUCACAGUCCAUAAAAAUUGGAAGUUUUGUAAUGGGCGCUAGGUUAGGGAUGUUUUCCCCACCACUGAUAACCGUUAACAGUGGAUUCUUGUGGCAAAAUAAAUACUGUGGUUUUAAAGUGUGAAGUUUUCCCAAUUUUUCGCUGUGAGCUGUUUAGAAAAGAUUAUGUAUCUAGACUGUUAACAUGGCUUCCCUCCCCCUGUUCUGAGGACCUUCAGGGUCCCUGUGACAACAGCCCCUCCCUACUCCCAAAUCUUCUAGUCCUCUGGGUGUUGUUAAUACUCAAGCAUGCACACACUAGCUUACUAGAACAGAAACUGUAAAAAGAAUAAGUUUCUUCGUUGCAAAAAACUUGCUGAUUUCCCUCUUCAUGCCCUCUUGGGGGAAUAUGUGUGUGUAUGAGUUUUCCUUCAGUUGUUUUUUUCAGCCAGUCUCAAAAUUGUUUUUUAAUCUUAUGCUAAAAUGCAGGAGAAACAUCUAGAUAGCCUUUCCUUCCCUUUUCUAUCUCUACCUGGAAAAUGAAGAAAACCUUUAUCUGUUGAAAUUUAGGUUGAUCACCACCAUGAAGAUCUUAUGCAGAGAACACAAAUGGGAUAGGCAUUCAGCAGCUGCUCUGAACAGCUUGCUAAUUCCAGUAAGCUUUCCCCAAGGUUCAUUUUCUCGUCUCAGGGGGUGUUCCGGUUCUCAGUGGUGGGAUGGACCAAUGGGCGCGUGUCCUGCGUCCUCCGCCAUGCAGUUAAUUUACCUGCCAGCUCGGCACUGCAGAAGCAGUGAGGCCUCUGCUCAAAGCGAGAACAGCACCUGCAACUCUGUUACUUGAAGUUUGUGCUUGUUUUGCUUUUUUAAAAAAAUUUUUAUUGAAUACUUUGUUACGUGAACACUGCCUUUCUCUGGAGAAGGCCACAGUGCUUUCUAGUUCUCUCUUCCCUACUUCUCACUCCCUCCGCCCCCACCCGCUUCCAGCAGGUCAGAGACAGACCUGUUAUCUCCACUAUGCAGAGGGGAACUCAGCCACAGAGAGGUGAAGUAGCACUUCAGAUACUCAAGGUAAAUACUGCCAGGACUCAACUUAGCCACGUUUCCUCCCCUGCAAUAGGCGGGUUUAGUUCCUUGUACACAGAUGCAUUGACUACAUAGGUUCUAGAAACCAAGACUGGGAAGCCAUUCACUGCACUUCCUCCUGACUCAAAAGAUCUUUCUCCAGACCUUACAGAGUCCUGUGAUGGUGUUUCACAAAACCAAUUCGAGCCUUUUUACCCAAAAAGGUAGUUCAUUUAUAAAAUGCUGCAUGCAGCUGUCAUUUGGCUUAAACAAAAGGCUCACUCCUUAAUUCCCUGCUCCCACCAUCAUGAGAAGAACAGGCUCAACAUCUUUAUCCUUGUCUCUGGGAGACCUUGGCUGUGCUUGCAGGCAUGUUGUCAAUGUGGUCAAUAUUAAUUUGAGUUAAUUGGAUUGCUAAUUCUGAAACCAAAGCUAUAGUUUUAGACAGGGCUUUUACUAUGAGAGACAGUAAUUUUUAUCAUAAAAUAAGGUGGUUGUGUGGGCUUUUUGGAAUAGAAAGCAUGAGCAUGAUAUGUACAGUGAGAAAAGCCAUUUUAGCCCUCUUGUGAUAUUUUUACCCCCAAAAGAACUGGAAAUGGAAAACAUGACUAAUAAGAUAUUGCAGUUUAGGCCUUGAAUGCUGUGCCAUCUGAAGUUAGCAUGUAGCUUCUUAAAAAGCAACUGCGCCCACACGCUUGUGUCUUGGGAUGGGUGGAGCUGGAGAGCUGGGUGUACUCUGCAGACCACCCUGGGGACUGAGACCCACUGCUUUUCCUAACGUUAAGCAAAUGACACGAUUUUCUUCCAUCUGCUAAACUUUAUAGAUAAGAAGGAUUCCACCUCAUAUUCUUCUCUCCUCCCCUGUCCCAAAUGAGUCAGAAAUAGUCUUGUUCCCCUGGAGGGAUGUCUGACUUGAAUAGAGAAUUGUUCUUUCCUCUCUUGAGUCAGCUCACAGCUCCCUGAGGGUCUGAGCCCAAGUCCGGGGAGGUGGGUAAGAGGUGGAGGCCACUGACCGCAGUCGGGGUGACACCAGGGCUGUCAACCAACUGUCUCAGUGUUAGCAGCACUCGCCAUCCCCAUUCCCCAGUGCUGGUCUUCCUGAGAAAGGGAUGGAUGAGAUGGCACAUGGUUUGGGAUGACUAUUUGUUGAAUGAAUAACUGAAAGGAUAAUAGUCUUUUGAGGUAAAAAUGACCUUGUUGGGACUUUAAAAAACCAACAGAUUUCUGUUAAAGCCCUCUCUGUACCGAUAAUGUGCAUGCAUUGUACCAUGUAAUCACUUCCAAUUAUGAAUUGGUCACUAUUUAUAAGCCUUGCCUACUUUAGAAAACGAAGAAGUCUGCAGGAACCUGUACCACACAGCAUGUACAAAAACCAGGAUGAACUCAUUACCUUCCCCGUGUAUUGGACACUUGUCUGCAAGCACAAGAAGUGCUUACCACAUAGCGGUUUCUUUAUCUUUAGAUAUGCCUGUACCCUGUCAGCACUUGUGUCGGGAAUCGACUCCUUUGGUGGUCUCUGCCCCUCAGUCCUCUCACAGAAACCUCCAGAUGAGCUAAACCUAGUUUGUAACAUUGACCUAUGGGCUGUAACUGUUUGGAAUACUGUAUUCCCUUUUUUGUCUCUCUUGUUGUUCUGAAGAACUGUAUUGAUUACAAAGAGAUAUGCAUAAAGAUCCUCGUUGUUGUA